ACUAUAAAUCUUCAUAGCAUCUAAUGCAAAGUUUGUUCGAUUCUCGAUGUGUAUAUUUUUAUUUUGUGUUCCUAUACUGAUUUCGUUGGCACAAAAAUGCAAUAUGCAUGUGCUUGAUAGACGCGCAGAUUUAUGCACUCAUUUCGGAAUAAGUAGUGCAUGUCUCUAAAAAAUGUUCAUAAUAAUCCCGACCAAGUUGUCGAUACUGUACGCAUAGGAGUUGUAGAUGAGUGGACUGUGGAGACAAAAAUAUGUAUAUGUUGAGGUUUAGACUUUAGCCAUAUAGAUAUGUAAAAUGUACAUUGUGGAUCAGUGGGUGUGAACUGGUGCGCAUAUCGUAGUUUUCGUAUAGUUUCCUUUUGCUCGGAUAUCCUCGAUAUCCUCAUUCGCGAUCGGUACGGCCAAGGCGUCGGUCGUGUGCAAUUACUUAUAUUUUAUUAUACUUAUUUAAUCACAGCUGUAGACCAACGGAAGCGCACCAAACUCAAAUUGGUUGUUUUAUGUUCUUUCUUUACUUAAUCCAAAGUAUUGUAUUUUUUUUUUCAUUGUAUAAACCAAGUAAUUUUUAUCUAUCAAAGAAUGAGCAAUUGGUCGAGUUUCUACUCACGUCGUGUCACGUGUAAGCAGGACUUUCAGAAGCCGCUGGCCGGCGGAGAGACAACCGUCCAUCAGCUAGUUACUGCCCUUCACAGCACCAAAACGGGUCACAAGCCGCUACCCGGCUAUGACCCCAACGUCGACAGUCGCGAGUAUUACAGGGCUCAGCAGAACAUAGACUGCAACGAGGUCUACCCGCGUAUUUUCAUUGGAGAUGGUAUAACUGCCAAAAACAAAGCGUAUCUCCAGAGGAUAGGCAUAACUCACGUGGUGAAUGCGGCUGAGGGUCGUAAGUUCGGUCUCGUCAACACCGACGGUAAUUUCUACAAGGACACGCUCAUCAGGUACAUCGGCUUCAACAUGCUUGACCUACCAAGCACCGACAUAAGUCAAUUCUUCUAUUCUGCCGCUGGUUUCAUCAAAAGGGCACACGACAGUGGUGGUCGAAUCUACGUGCACUGCGUUCAAGGGGUCUCGCGAAGCGCGACCCUCGUUAUUGCGUAUCUGAUGAUCGAGAAGGGCAUGUUGGCGAUGGAUGCCAUUCGUACCGUUAGACUCAGUCGGGAUAUUCACCCAAACGAGGGUUUUCUGCGUCAGUUGGCUCUGCUCGACAACCAAUUGCGUAGACAACGAUUGAGAUAAAACAACGAAUUAAUCACUGUUAACGGGUAAUUAAAAUAUAGGAGCUUUCUGUGAGCUGUUGUUAAUGUGAUGAGACGCUUAACCAAAGUAUCAUUAAUGUUUUCGAAGUGGGGUAGUCUUAAAUUGUUGGUUCACAGAAAGGUACAAAACUCUAUUUAUAUAUACAAUAUACAAUGUUGUAGAGUGAAAAAUAGCCAUUAAUUAAUGCGUCGUGUUACGGCUACAUUUAUUCUUCAAAUGCAUAUUAUAUAUUUUAUUUAUCUCAAGUAUUAAAUUUACUCCAUUUUCUUAAAACGAAAAAUUGUUACAAUAAAAGACUUACUAUGAAACUAUUAAGCAUAUUUCAAGAAAAUUUUUAUAACCGACAAAGUGCUAAAACUUUAUGAAAUUAUUCAUCUUUUUCUUACUUGAAAAAAAAAAAAAUUGUUUCCAAUUUUAGAUACAAAUUUUGUUUUUUUUUACGUUAGGUCGAUAAACAGCCGGAAGAGGUAAUUAAUAUUUUAAAUAUUUUGAUGAAUUCACGGAAACUUUAUGCUUUCAAUGUCACAUACUAGCGUUUGUCUUUUUAGUUACUUAAAAAGUUAGUUCUUGUUGACAUUUCGCUGUACUUACACUAUAAUAGAUAUUACGAUACUUUGUACUAUUUAAAGCGAGAAUACUUAUUUAAAUUUUAUUUGUAAUGCUUCAUAUUAAUUAUCAAAUGCCAUUAUACUAUUUUUAAAACUGGGUUUUGAGCCCAUGCACCAUGUUGGUAAAAAAAUAUUUUUAUUUUGUGAAAAAUGUACAAAAAUAAAUAAUUUGAUACACUAAACACA